AUGUCUGCUGUGACUGCGUCGCUCUGCUCGACUUUGCUGUUUGUCGGCCUCUUCGUGUUUGUCUCUGCAGCUCCUCUUUCAGACAAGAAAAUCAUAGCUCAGUCUGGAGAGGACGUCACUCUGACAUGUCGAGCUCCAAACAAGAACAACAUCAUAGUUGUAGAGUGGAGCAGAGCUGAUCUGGGAGAAGAAUAUGUGCUCUUGUACCGGGACGAGCACUUUGAUACCACCAACCAGCAUCCAUCUUUUAAGAGCCGGGUGGAUCUGCAGGACAGACACAUGAAGGAUGGAGACGUGUCUUUGAUUCUGAAGAAUGUGAGGACUGAUGAUAGUGGAACAUACGAGUGUCGUGUCUUCGUGGGAGAAAUCCGCAGGAAGAGAGCAAAUCUGAGUGGUGACAGCAUCAGCAUCAUCCACUUGCAUGUUGUUCCUCCAGAUCAGAAAAACCUCACAGCUGCAUCUGGACAGAACGUCACUCUGACAUGUCGAGCUCCAAACAGCAACAACAUCAUAGUUGUAGAGUGGAGCAGAGCUGACCUGGAGACAGAAUAUGUGCUUUUGUACAGAAAUGAGCAGUUGGAUCCAGAAAACCAGCAUGCAUCUUUUAAGAACCGGGUGGAUCUGCAGGACAGACAGAUGAAGGCUGGAGACGUGUCUUUGAUUCUGAAGGAUGUGACGAGUAAUGACACUGGAACAUACGAGUGUCGCGUCUUUCAGAGAGAAAGAAUCCGCAGGAAGAGAGCUCAUCUGAAGACCGACCCCAUCACCGUCGUCAACCUUCAUGUUGUUCCUCCAGGUCAGACAGGAGGAGACACACAGGAUGGAGGGAAGGAGGCAGGAGAGAAGGAGGCUGGAGGGAAGGAGGAGGGUGGAUCUGUUGGACUGAUCGUCGGUCUGACUGUUUUUGCUGUGGCUGUUGUUAUUGCUGUUGCUGCUCUUGUUCGUUUUGUGAUCUACAAAAAACGUAAAAAACAACAGAGUCAGGGUUCGUACAUAUGAACUGCAGCAUGUGUGAAAUGUCUCAGAGCUUUUUAAAUGACAGUGAAGGCAAAAUAUUAGGAAGAAAAUCCAAAGAAAUAAACAACUCAAGAAGAAGACAUAGCUGAACUGUCAGCCUGAGACUAUAAAAGAUUUUCAAAACUCCUAUAUUCUUAAAGAUCUCUGAGAUUAGACUCCAAGUGAUGACACCUAGCAAGGAUAAAAAUCAUUUGUAUUCAGUAAGUUAAUAAGAUCAGAUGCUGCCUAUUAGAAUAUGUUUACAUAUUGUAAAGCCUACAGCAUUUGUUACAUGUUGUGGGCAUUUUUACACUUUAAUGUGUUGUCACAUUACACAUGUCACAUGUUUUGUAAAAUUGUAGCUAAUUAUCAUUUUUAGCAGUAGUAGCAGAACAGUACUGCACAACAUCCUAAACCAACUCUCAUUUCUUUAAGUGCAGUAGCAGUAGUACUCGCAACUGUUUAUUACAACAAGCAUAUAUACAAUAGAUAAGGUAAAACCAGAGUUUGUACAGUUCUAAUAAGCUGAAAGUCAAUAUUUAGCAUAACUGCCUUUUUUCUUCAGUACACACUGAACUCGCUUAGUCAGCUAAUUUCUUUAAGCAGUCUUCAGGAAUAGUUCUCCAGGAUAUUCAAAGCUCUUCUUUGGAUGUUUCUGCCUUUCGU